AUGCCUAAUGUUCAUCCAAUGCAGACAAGAGCUAAGUCUGGGAUUCGAAAGCCCAAAGUUCUCAUGACGUCUAUUGAACCUUCUUCUGUCAAUGAUGCUCUCAAAAGUCAACAAUGGUCUAGUGCUAUGCAAGCUGAGUUUAACGCUCUUCAGAAGAAAAAGGCUUGGUAUUUAGUGGAAUUACCCUCUGACCGAGUACCUAUAGGUUGCAAGUGGGCUUACAGAGUAAAGGAGAACACAGGUGGAACUAUUGCUCGGUACAAAGCUCGUCUUGUUGCAAAAGGCUUUCAUCAACAAGCUGGCUUUGAUUAUAAGGAGACUUUUAGUCUAGUUGUUAAGCCAGUGACCAUUCGAGUAGUUCUUACCAUUGCUGUUACUAGAGGAUGGAAGAUAAGGCAGCUAGAUGUUAACAAUUGUUAG